AUGACAGUCGACAAAAAUGACGUGAAAUUGAUCAAGGACUCAUUGGCGAAAGUGAUGGUCGGAACGGGAGCUGAGAAUCUUCAACACGGAAGGGAUUUCUACAAAUACUUUUUCACCAAUUUCCCGGAUCUCCGCGUUUACUUCAAAGGAGCCGAGAAAUACACGGCUGAAGAUGUGCAGAAAAGUGAGAGAUUCGAGAAGCAAGGUCAACGUAUUCUUCUCGCCACUCACAUUCUCGCAAACACCUAUGAAGAUCUUGAGGUUUUCAAGGCUUACGCCCGCGAGACCGUCACCCGUCAUCGUCAAUUCAAGAUGGACCCAGCUCUUUGGCUGGCUUUCUUCACCGUUUUUGUCGGCUAUUUGAAGUCGAAAAACGCUAUCGAUGAUGACGAGACUGAGGCCGCUUGGCAUAGAUUGGGAAAGAUCUUCAACGAGGAAUGCCAAAAACAUUUGAAAGCUUCGGGACUUCCAUCAACUGAAGGCCAGACUGCA